CCGACUUUUGACGUUGCCCAACACAGGUCCAUUGUUGAUACCUGAUUACGUGAAUUAUUUUUGCAAAUUAAAAGCUAGACUAGUCAUGUUCUCGCCCACGCGUGCCCUGCGCCCGGCCCUGAGCCGCUGCUACAGCCAGAUCAAGGGCGGACCCAGUGCCAGUGCCCCCGGAUCGAAGGCCCCAGGAACGGGAGCCGCAUCCGCAGGAGGCGGCCCAUCCUCGCCAGCCGUCGUGGGACUGACCAGCAACUGCGUAAGGCCCACCAGCGAGCCCGUGGGACCCGGCGCAUCCGCCACUUCGGGCUACAAGGUGCCCGAGUACUACUGCUUCAACCGCUUCAGCUACGCCGAGGCGGAGGUGGAGAUGGCCAAGUACCGCUGCCCGCAGCCCUCGGCCUUGAAGUAGACACCCCAGCCAAUUGGAAACAAAUUGUUAAUGUUAAAUAAAUAGUAAAAAGGAGUUCAGAAAUCAUC